UACAGAGGAGAGAGAAAGUGGGCGAGUGUCGAGUUUGCAAUUCAGGUGCAAGGCUGGGAGUCAAGUGAGAGGGUUUCUGUGUCUGCCUUUGGAAUUAGCUUCCCGUGCCAUGCUCUAUAAAUCACACUGCUUUCUAAAACCAUUUUCUCAAUUUUAAAAUGAAAAUUGCAGCUAUCUAGUUUUGAAGAGGUGCUUGAAGCUUAGAUUCUUUGUGCUUUUAUCGCUGUUGGUGGGAUUCGUUGAUGGGCAAAGGUGCUUUCUCUGAAGAUCUAUCUGUAAAUCUAACAAACAGAACAUCAGCAAGUGUUGCUGAGACUAAGCUUGCAAAUUACUUGUAACCAAACAUGCUGAUAAACACUGAUAAAGCUGCAAAGUGUCCUUAGAAUAUCCACUGUAUUUUUUUCAUGUAUUUGAGAACUCUAAUUCUUAAUUUUCCUCUCAUUUAAGCAAAUUUUCUAAGGGGGCUUACCUUGCAAAUUAUUUACUCUACUGUAAACCAGGUUAUAGCAGUAUAAAAGCAUCUUUGUCUGCAUGAUGGUUUCCUCUGUACUAUAUAAGUAGGUAGUUACUUUGGUACUUCUCUCAGAAUCAGCAAUAAUUUAAGGCGAUAGCAUUUCAUUGAAGUUGCCUGUGUCUGUGUCUGUGCUGAACUGCUGUGGCCCGUUCCAGCUUUUUCCUGCGCUGCUUUGCACCCUGCCCCAACAGGCUACGCUGUUUACUUUCUGCUCUGUGGUAAAUGGAUGUCACUUCCUUGAUUAAAAUGCUGCUGCGCAGCCAAAUUCUCUUCCUUUGGGCUCGCACGCUUGGAGAAGCAGCGCACCUAGUAAACGCGCACGCCAUUGCAUUCAGUUGCGUGCCGUGCUCCUUGAUCUGGCUCCUGGCUGGACGCGUUGGGAUGUGCUGUGUCUCCUGCCUUCUGAGACGCCCAGCGCCCGCACGAAGAGGCUUUUGAAGGCAUCUCUGAGGUGGAGAAGCACAGAUGCAGCUGUGUCAUGCUGUAUUAAAGAGGGUCUGAAGAUGGAUUAUCAGAAGGCACAAGCCGAACUACCAGCCAUGUACCGUGCGCGGCUGACGGGGAAGAUCUAGACAGCAUAUGGGCACGGGGUGCCAGUAUCAGCCUGCUCUGUCCAUCGAAAGCAGCCAGCGAGUAUGCAAACGCUGUUUAAGUGCAACUGCUAGCCCUGACGUGCCUGACAGCGUAGGCACUCUUGGAUGCACAGAAGCCUGACCAAGACGCCACAGAAACUAACCUGGCCACCUGGUUCUGACUAUGCUUGGUGCAGAUUGACCUCGGUACUCUGUCCUCUGCCUUUGUAGCUGGCCACUUUCUCACCUGAAAAAUUUUAGACUGACAUCAAAGUUGCUGAUCAGACUGUUACUAUGUGGGCAAGCUGUUGUAAUUGGUUUUGUCUGGAUGGCUCACCUGAAGAGAUGCAGGCACAGCCGCAGCAGGGAGCCAGAGCCCAAGCCUAUUCCAACCCUGGGUACAGCUCCUACCCGUCUCCCACCGCCUCCGAACAGAGCUGCAAAGCCUGUGGCGUGCACUUCGACAGCUCCUCUAGGAAGCACAUCUGCUUGGACUGCAAGAAGAAUUUUUGUACGUCCUGCUCAAACCAGCCUGAAGGUGGUCCCCUUCUCUGCCAUCUAUGCCAGCGUUUCCGAGCCACAGCUUUUCAGCGGGAAGAGUUGAUAAAGAUGAAGGUGAAGGAUCUGCGAGACUAUUUGGCACUCCGUGAGAUUUCCACAGAGCUGUGUCGUGAAAAGGAGGACCUGGUAUUUCUGAUUCUUGGCCAGCAGCCUGUAAUUACCCAGGAAGAUCAGAUAAGAACAAAUCCAUUUAAUACUAGUGCCUCUGGACAGCAAGAUUUUGUGAUUCUCCCACCAACCAGCACAGCAUCUUCUACCUCACAUGAUGCGUCUCCAGUGUCUGCAGAUCCCAUCUCAAGUUCGCUAGCUCAGGAACAUCAGCAGGCAAAUGGUUAUGUGCCUCCAAACCCAGUUGGUAUGACAGGAGUUGAGAAUGCAGCAGAAGCACCAACAGAAGAGGAGACACAGUCUACUGACUCAGAAGAUAACCUGGUGCAGGGCAGGAAGGCUUCUCUUUCCGAUCUAACAAGCAUUGGAGACAUCAAUGCGCUCUCUGUGCGACAGCUGAAGGAAAUUCUUGCUCGCAACUUUGUCAACUACAAAGGCUGCUGUGAAAAGUGGGAGCUGCUAGAGAGGGUGACUCGCCUUUACAAAGAGAAAGACCUUCAACAUCUAGUUUCUGACACUGAUGAUCAAACUGGUGGCGCUGGGCUCCCUGGCACGGAGGACAACCUCUGCAAAAUCUGCAUGGAUGCACCCAUUGACUGCGUCCUGCUAGAAUGUGGCCACAUGGUGACUUGCACCAAGUGUGGGAAGCGGAUGAGCGAAUGUCCCAUAUGCAGGCAGUAUGUGAUAAGGGCUGUCCAUGUCUUUAAGUCCUAAAUGUAUGUAGGGAAGACUGGUGUGCCUUAAAGCGUCUGCUGUUAGAGAAAUGGUCAAAACAGCUACAACUAGGUCAGAGAUUAGCUUAUGGACCCCACUAGAAGUAAGGGAAGGAAGAAGCCUGGGGAAAAUUGUUCUUACUCGAGCCAUGCCUGGCUGUGCUCUUCCCACUAUAGUGCUUUACACCACAGUGCCUGGACUCCUUGGACCUUAUUGCCAGCAGCAGACACAGAAAUUAACCACCUACAUUCUAGAAUAACUUUGAUCCGCUAGCAUUGAGGAUGGAUGGAUGCUUGGCUUUCCACCACAAACAUCACAUUCAGAGGCUUCCUGUUUUUCCCUGAAUAUUCAAGUGGACUGGGGUCUCAAAAAGUGACAUUUGUUUUGCUGCUUAGGCUUAUACACUCACUGACAACUUUAUUUUCAAAGAUUAAAACUUUACUGUGCCUGUUCUUGGUUUUGGGUUUUUUUUGUUAAAUUCAAUGUUAAUUUUUAUGCUUGCAGGACAGGCAGACUGCCUCCGAUUUCCAUAUUCAUUAUAAGCAUAAUUCUAGCCUAGUGCAAUUAUGGAAAAAAUGUACAAUUUUAUUUGAAGAUGGACUUUGUAUUAUUGAAAAAUGUAAGGGGAGCGAGACUGUGAAACAUACAGCCUUACCUUGUGUGGUGGCAGUGGUUUUCUGUUUACAUGCCAGCAAUCAUUUGAAAAGUGAACUGACUUCACUUGAUUAAGGAGCUACAAAUCUGCUUGAGUCUUUUUGAGGGUUUAGUGAGGAAAACACACAGCUAAAAAGUAGUAAGGAUUCCAUUGCUACACAAUCAUAUUUAAGUAUAGAUGACUUUUUUUUAGAGGGGAGACAUGAAAGAAAGCAAACUUAAUCUCCCUUGAAUGAAUGAGAAAAGUGAUCAUCAUUGCAGAUGCUGUUUACUAAUCAGCUUCCCCCCUCUCCUUCCCUUUGCUCCAUUUUACAGUCCUGUUACUUUCAGACUGCUUACCAAAAGCAAUUUAUUUUGUACUCUUUCUGCUUGUGAGGGGGGAUAGGAGAUUCUGUGUCUGAUAGUGACAGUUGCAAGCGCAAACAGCAUUUUCAUUUGGAAGACUCUCUAGAGACAAUUGUAACUGGUGUAUUUUCCCCACAAUGGCCUGCAAGCAUUCAGUCCAUUUGGCUGGUGGUACAGCAGUUUCACAAUCUUCAUGCCUUAAGUUUUCAGCCAUGGUGGAAUUGUAUACUCACUUCAAGUCAUUUGUGAUGUCGAGUACCUUCUGCAGGUUUUUUUUCCUGUUUUUCCCCUUUAUGGGGGUGGGUGAUCACUCUGUUCAAACUGCAUCUCUGCAUGGCUGCCAGCAGAGGCCCUGCAUGAAAAACAAGUGGCCACUUACAGCUUCUGGAGUAGUGGAAGUGCAGUUACAGAAGUGAUCACGAAAGCCAUCUCCUUUUGCAAUAAGCAGUAAUAUAUGUUAACAGCAAAUUACACUUGUGUAAUCUUUAACGUGGAAUACUGCGUGAGUAGCUACUUGCUUCUCAGCUGGCAUGGAGUGGAGGGUCUCUACUCUGCAAGCUGGAAUCAAUAAAGCACUUACUUAAGAUGAAGAAUCUAUCACUCAGUAGGUAGCAGAACAUCUGCACUAUUGAGGUGGUCUCUGAACUCCAUGAAAAUGCAACAGCUGCUGAGGUUUAUUGAACUAAAAAUUCUGAGUUUUACCUCCUUCCCUGUUGAGGUAGCUUCCACCAGGAAAGAGAGUACUGGUACAGUUCAAUGCAGCAUGUUAAAAAAACCCAAAAUUGCAGGUAAGCAGUAACUGUAUUUACUCUUCAGGAGGUACAGAAACACAUGCAAAGUGUUGAACAGCCUCAUUUAGUAAAUUCACUGUGAAAAUUCAUGUUGUCAUAUUUUUUCAAUAAACUCAGGGCUGGGGGAAUUUAGCAGGAAGCAGAUUAUUCCCCUGUGGGCAGAUGGACUUUUACUUGUAGAGGGUAGGCUUAUUUUCUACAGCAGAUAAAUCAAGUUGCAGAUCAAUGCCUGAAAUGUUAGGAAUGAGAAGCUAUACCUGCCAUAUGACUCUGAAAUGUGCUUUCUGAAGGGAGCACUCUGGUUUGCUUUUUUUUUUUUUUCUUUUUUCUGACUACAGUGUUUCCCUUGCAAAAAUGGAUUCUCUACUUAUGGACGUGAGUUAUUUUUAAAGGAAAAUCAAAAUCUGAAAUAAAAUGAUUAAUGGUCCAAAGGAAUAUAAUGAUCUUAACUAAUAAAGUAAAUGGAAAUAUUUAUGUGCUUUAUGUACACUGUACAUAGUUUAAAUAUUUUAAAAGUUAAUAUUCUACUUGAAAGGGCAUGUUAUUCUCUAUUAAAUCCUCUUGGUACUAUGAUGGUUAAACUUACUAGUUUUGGUACAGAAGUUUGGUUUAUAAUUUUAUAAUAAAGUUGAAAUGUGAUU